AAAAAAAAGGAGCCAAAAUACAUUUGAAAGGACAGGUCAUUUCACACCCGAGCAAGGAAUGUGUGAAGUGACUCUUUCACUGAAACUAGACUGGGGGAAGUGGGAGGAUGGGGCUGUAUACUUCAUUGUGCUUUCAGGCAAAAGGUUUUUUUUCUUACAGAAGAUGGACCCAACAAAACUAAACAAUUUUAGGAUGUUUUCAUCGUGCUGAUGGUCAAUGCAUAUGCAGCCCGUAGAAUAAGGGGACUAAAGUGUAGGACUAGGACAGCUGACAGGGAAAAUAUACAGAAAGUGCAAAAAACUGAUAGAGGCCACAGAGACACACACGCAUGGGCAUGCGCACACACGCACACACACACACGCACACACACACUCACACACUCUAGCUUUUGUGUGGGGAGGGAAGACCUUCUGAUCCCUGACACUAAACAUUGUUGUCGACUUGUGUGCAUAAGUGUAAUUCAACAAUAGUCCCAGAAUUAAUUCAUUUUCAAUUAUUCGUCCAAUUUAAUCAAAUUCAACACAGCCAUUAUAGCACGGUCUCUGUUAUUGUUGUUAUUGUUGUUCUAAUAAUAUAAAAUAUAAAGUUCGAUUUUAAAUUGAGAUUUUCCAUAUCCUAUUUUCCAUUUUUAAUUUAAUUUGACGGUUUGACUUGUUUUUUGUUGUUGUUGUUUUUUUUUCACUCUGGAGAAGUCAUGAGUAGAAUCCCUCUUAUCCCUGCGGAAAUUUACCCGCAGAAGAAGAUGCCUCGUCCUCUGCGCAUGCGUCUCAGAUUCAACAUGUCUGCGCACUACAACAAGGUGGUAAAGAAGAAUUAUUUUUUUUAAAAACAAGCGUCAACAACCGCUUGCUACGCUGUCUUUAGACACUUUAUGAGUGAAACCUAUCUCGUAAUAGCCAGGCCGAUGUGUAAGAAGUCAAGACGGAUGUAUUAGUCGGUUUGUUGUCGGGAUUAUAGAUUCAAUAAUGUGAGUUCAAUACUUUCCCUCACGUACUCAGUGGUUUUAUAGUUUGAUAUGCAGCAUUUAAAACGUGACAGACAUGCAGUCACUUUCAUUGUUUCAUUGUCCAAAUUAAAAAAAUAUAUAUAUAUAGUAUAGGGAAAAUAGUGUCCCCUUAUACGAUGGCUUACAGAAGAGUUGUUAACCUUCUUCCAAGAGGAAAGGAGAGUGUCUUUAGUCUGUGGAAACCUCGUCAACAAAAAGUGCCAUGUUUCAUCAUCCAAGAACACACCAUUAAUCACGUUGGCAGAACUGUAAGAACUUUUCACGCUGGCACAACAUUGAUGGUAGCCAAGCUUCUGUCUGUAGAGGAGCUUUUUGCCAAGAGGUCUCUACAGGAUUACUUGAAGAAGACGGAGGUGGAGUACAAUGAAUGCUUGAGAGAAUUCAACAAAGGGGUGACGGACCAACAGUGCAGUCAGGAUGAACUGAGGACCAAGAGGGCCAAAGUGUCCCUUUUGGCUCCUCUGAUCCAGAGCGUCAGAGAGCUGGACGCCAAACAAAAAGAGUUGGCUGAGACCGAGACGUUACUGACCGAGGAAGAUCCAGCCCUGAGAGAACUGGCAGAGUUGGAAAGAGAAAGCUGUCUGCAAGAUAUUCAAGAUCUAAAUCAAAAGAUCCUGGAUCUGUUGAUACCUGAGGAAGAGGAAGAUCUGAGCGACCUCGUGCUAGAGGUUAAAGCUGGAGUCGGGGGUCAGGAGGCCAUGCUAUUCACAUCAGAGGUGCUUGAAAUGUACCAUGGCUACGCUCACCACAACGGCUGGUCCUUUGACAUCUUGGAACACAUGACAAGUGAACUAGGUGGACUUCGUCAUGCCUCAGUCAGCAUCAGCGGUCCUCAGAGCUACAAGAGGAUGAAGUUUGAGGCUGGAGUCCAUCGUGUUCAGCGGGUCCCCAAGACUGAAAAACAGGGUCGAAUGCACACCAGCACCAUGACCGUGGCUGUGUUGCCCCAACCCACCGAGAUCUCUUUCACGAUAAAUCCAAAGGACCUGAGGAUAGACACAAUGAGAGCAAGUGGAGCCGGAGGUCAACAUGUGAACACCACAGACAGUGCAGUCAGAAUAGUCCACUUGCCAACAGGCGUGGUCGCAGAGUGCCAGCAGGAACGCUCGCAGCUGAAGAACAAGGAGAAAGCAAUGAAGGCUCUGAGAGCAAAACUGUACAGCAUAAAGCAUGAGGAGGAGACCAGCAAACGCUACAACCAGCGUAAAGUACAGAUUGGCACUAGGGGCAGAUCAGAGAAGAUUCGAACCUACAACUUUGCCCAGGACCGUAUAACAGACCACCGCAUCGGCAUGACGGUGCAUGACAUCAAGAGCUUCCUGCUGGGAGAGAAUCUGCUGGACGAGAUGAACUCUUCACUACAAGAGUUCUCCAACCAGGAGAUACUCAUGGAACUGCUGGGAGAAAACAACCAGGGAAAGUCAUGAGUUUGGCUCUGAGGUGCAUGGAUUCUGAUGGGACUGAAACUUCAUGCCACAUGUUUUAUUACCGGUAUUUGUUUAUCCUACUACUGGUAUGCUUCAAAUCCGGCAGGAAAAACUUCGGAAAAUGACCAUGAUGAAUGGCAAGUAGGGGACCAAGGACUAAUACCCCUGCCCAUCUCUUAAAAAAAAAAAGAAAGACAACACGUUAUUUUUUUUUGUUUCAAGACCUAUGGAAUGUGCGAAGCGGCUACCUACCUAUUAACCUAUGUCAGCACAAACCUGAUAGUAGCAAAUAAAACCGCAACAUUCUGUAACA